AUGGACAGCGGAAGCGAUUCCGACGGCGCCCCAGAGGAGCUCACCGCCGUCCAGGGUGUUGAGAAGCACGAAGAGAUCAGUAAAGUUGAGAAGGACAGUGCUAUCAGAGCAACACGGGAAGGAAAGGAGCGGAGGAAACGUUGGGCCCAACGAAGAGCAUCCUCUAAACCAGAUAAGAAGGCGCCCAAGGAAGUAGAAGAUGAAGAUACCAAACAAAGUGAGGAGAAUGAGGAGACAAAUACAAUGCCUGGAAUGCUCCCCACUAGUGUAAUUGAAAUUCUAGCAGCUCGUGAGAAGCAAACUUUCGCAUCAGAUUCUGAGGAAGAAAAUGUAAAGCAGAAGGUUCAGAAAAGGAAGAAGAGAAUGAAAACUGAUGGGCCUGAAACUAUUCUGCUGAAAGAUGUCCGGUCAACGCAACACGUGAAGAAUGCCCUUGAUUUCUUGGAGCAAAGGAGAAAUCGGGUUCCAAGAUCAAAUGCAGUUUUGAAGAAUGCCAGUAAGGCUUUGCGUCUCCUGUCUUCAAAAGGCAAUUUUCUAAGUUAA